CAGUUUAGGAAACAUUUGUUUUCUGUACCAAAAGAGGCCAAAGAGAGCCUUACAGUCUACAGGAGAGACAUGCAUGCAAGCAAAUACACACAAAGCGAGUCACAUACGCGAUAAGCAGGGAAUUAUUAAAAGCAGAAAAGCGCUGGAAUAAAAGAGGUUAGAGAAGUCUUCGUGUACAGAAAUGAGCUGCACAAUUGAAAAAGCUCUUGCAGAUGCUAAAGCACUUGUUGAACGAUUAAGAGACCAUGACAAUGCAGCAGAAUCUCUUAUUGAACAAACUACAGCUCUCAACAAACGAGUAGAAGCAAUGAAACAGUAUCAAGAAGAAAUUCAAGAACUUAAUGAAGUUGCAAGACACCGACCACGAUCUACAUUAGUUAUGGGAAUUCAGCAAGAAAACAGACAAAUCAGAGAAUUGCAGCAAGAAAAUAAAGAAUUACGCACAUCUCUUGAAGAACACCAGUCUGCUUUAGAACUCAUAAUGAGCAAGUACAGAGAGCAGAUGUUUAGGUUGCUAAUGGCCAGCAAAAAAGAUGACCCAGGUAUUAUUAUGAAGUUAAAGGAGCAACAUUCCAAGAUUGACAUGGUAUACCGUCACAGCCCCGAAGGAAUCUUCCUUGGUGCACCUCGACGAAUCCUUGAAGCAACUCAACAUGGACUGGAAAGAAGGCACUUGGAAGCAAAUCUGAAUGAAUUACAAGUACAUGUGGACCAGAUUACUGAAAUGGCAGCAGUGAUGAGAAAAGCCAUUGAAAUUGAUGAGCAGCAGGGUUGCAAGGAGCAGGAACGAAUUUUUCAACUUGAACAGGAAAACAAAGGCUUGAGAGAAAUCCUUCAAAUAACUCGAGAAUCAUUCCUGAGCCUCAAGAAAGACGAUGCAUCAGAAAGCACAUCUUUGUCAGCAUUGGUAACCAGCAGUGAUUUGAGCCUGAGGAAGAGCUAAAGAACCUGAAGAAUCAACUGAGCUUCUAUUGCACAGCUCCUAAUAAGGAACCAGGGUUUACUUAAAAAAUUGUUAAUGAAUUGAGCACCAGAAAAAUCACAAUCUUAUAUUAACCCUACAAUUCAUUCUUUUUAUAUUAUGUAUAGUACACUGGCAAAUGACAUUUUAAAAAGAUAUUAACAGAAGAUCAAUAUUUGGUUGUCAUUGACUUUAUUCCUAAUAUUAAAAUUUUUAAUGGGAAAGUGGAAACUGUAAGCCAUUGUUAAACAAAUAAAAGUUCUCAUAUAUAGAAACUACUGAUCAUACUAAGCCCAUGCCAUGCUGUUAUUUUUCCUAACUUUUUUUAAUCCAAAUAUUAAAUAUAUUUAAAACUCCACAUAAAAUUUAUCCCAUUACCCCAUUUUUAAAAAUCCCUAUUUCUUAGCUUAGACUUAACAAAAAAGGAAACAUGUCCGUUAAUUAAUUUAGUCUCUAUUUGAUAGGAAGACUAGCAAAUGGUUAUAUUUUACAUGUACUGGACCUACCUUUACAUUUCUUAAGAAAUGACUUUCAAAGAUGUCAUGAUUAUUUUUUAAAAAGAUAAUCUUUUGGUUUCGUGGCAUAGGCCAUAAAUUGGAUACAUGUUUAUUCUUUAAGUGUAGAUCCUGAAAGGUGCUUUUCUUUUAGUCAGCAACAUAUCAUAGUUGACAAUGACAUUUUGGGUAAUAACAGUCCAUAACUUACUGAAGGAGAAGAAAUGUAGAAACCAUCUUUUCAGUAAUGAAAAAGAAAGAUAAUACUACUUUCUGAGAAAGAAAACCAUAUAGAAGACAAGAUUAUUCAGUAGGUUGAACUACUACUUUAGUGGGGGAAUAGGUUAGGUUUGGAUUCCUAAAUGAAUAUUAUUUGGUCAGGUUUAGUUUCUGGUCGAUUUUUAGGAAUAUUAACCUGUCCAUUACCCGGCUGUCAUAGUUAGGCCUGAUAUAGCAAGCCAACAAUAGAGAGAUUUGAAGUAAAAAAAAAAAAAAAAAACCAACCCAUA